CCAUUCAAGAAUAAAUGAAGAAGUAGUCCGUAAACGUUGGCGACACACAGCGUGACUUUAAGGCACGAUGGCCGAGAACACGAUUGUAGAGGCAAGAUCUCCUAAGGUGAUCAAACUGGUUCCUGAGAACCUUUUGAAGAAAAGGAAAGCAUAUCAAGCUAUUAAAGCAACAGAAGCAAAACUUGCACUUCUUCAAAAAAGGAAGACACAAAAAGGAAGACCUGUGCGGUUCAAGCGUUUGGAAGAUUUCCUCAAGCAUGGAAAAAGACAACACCGUGAUGAAAGACGUCUUCAAAGAGCCAAUCACAGACCUCCUGUUGACCUGCCAUCACCUAAAAACAGCCUGGCAUUUGUUGUCAGAAUCAGAGAGAUAAAAGGUGUCAGUCCCAAAGUUAUGAAAGUCCUCCACAUGUUUCGACUUCGCAAGAUCUUCAGCGGCACUUUUAUGAGAAUCAACAGAUCAUCUUUAAAGAUGCUGAAGACCAUUGAGCCAUAUGUUGCUUGGGGGUUUCCAAAUUUGAAAUCUGUCCGUGAACUUAUCUUGAAGAGAGGACAAGCAAAGAUCAAUAAAAGGAAGGUUGCUCUCACUGACAACACUGUCAUUGAAAAACAUAUGGGUAAACAUGGAAUCAUCUGUUUGGAAGACCUCAUUCAUGAAAUAUAUUCGGUUGGAAAGAACUUCAAGGCAGCGAGUAAUUUCCUCUUGCCAUUCCGGUUGUCAGUGGCUCGCCAUGCAGCCAGAGACCAGGUUGGGCUCUUGAAAGAAAUUGGGGAUGCUGGACCACGAGCAGAGGACAUCAACAGAGUUAUAAGACAACUGAACUAAAGGGACUUUUUCAUUGGAAAAUGUUAUGUUAUUUUUGCUAUUUUAUUGCAAAAUUCCCUUCCAGUCACAUAGUCAGAUGAUUGAAUUAUGGGGAGUGGAAUGUGUAUCUUCAAUAAAAAAAAAAAUUUUUUACUU